GGAUGACCACGGCUUCAGCCCCUUGCACUGGGCCUGCCGUGAGGGCCGCUCCAACGUGGUCGACAUGCUCAUCAUGCGGGGAGCACGCAUCAACGUCAUGAACCGUGGUGACGACACCCCGCUGCACCUGGCUGCCAGCCAUGGCCACCGUGACAUCGUGCAGAAGCUGAUCCAGUUCAAAGCAGACAUCAAUGCUGUGAACGAGCAUGGGAACACGCCUCUGCACUAUGCCUGCUUCUGGGGCCAUGACCAGGUGGCAGAGGACCUGGUGGGCAACGGGGCCUUGGUCAGCAUUGCUAACAAAUACGGUGAGACACCCAUUGACAAAGCCAAGACACCACUGCGAGAGGUCUUGAAAGAGCGUGCUGAGAAGCUGGGCCAGAGCCUCACCAAGAUCCCCUACAAGGAUACCUUCUGGAAGGGCACAACCCGCACACGUCCCAGAAAUGGGACUCUCAACAAACUUGCUGGAAUAGACUUCAAACAGCUGAGCUUGAGCCAAAAACUCAAUGAGAACCAGUCAGGAGAGUUGUGGAAAGGGCGCUGGCAAGGCAAUGACAUUGUCAUCAAAAUGCUGAAAAUUCGGGACUGGAGCACCCACUGUUCUCAGGGCUGUCACUUCUCUUGCAGGAUCUUUUCUCACCCCAACGUGCUACCGGUGCUGGGUGCCUGCCAGUCCCCCCCAGCGCCCCACCCCAUUGUCAUCAGCCACUGGAUGCCCUAUGGCUCCCUCUACAACGUCUUACAUGAGGGGACAAACUUUGUGGUGGACCAGAUGCAGGCAGUGAAAUUUGCCUUUGACAUCGCACGGGGCAUGGCCUUCCUGCACACGCUGGAGCCUCUUAUUCCACGCCAUCACCUCAACAGCCGCAGCAUCAUGAUUGAUGAGGACAUGACAGCACGGAUCAGCAUGGCCGAUGUGAAGUUCUCCUUCCAGUGCCCGGGGAGGAUGUACGCGCCAGCCUGGGUGGCACCAGAAGCCCUGCAGAAGAAGCCAGAGGAAAUUAACAGGCGCUCGGCUGACAUGUGGAGCUUUGCAGUGCUGCUGUGGGAGCUGGUGACCCGUGAGGUGCCGUUCGCAGACUUGUCCAACAUGGAGAUAGGCAUGAAGGUGGCACUGGAGGGGCUGCGUCCAACCAUCCCACCUGGCAUAUCCCCACACAUCUGCAAGCUGAUGAAGAUCUGCAUGAAUGAGGACCCAGCCAAGCGCCCCAAGUUUGACAUGAUUGUGCCCAUCCUGGAGAAGAUGCAGGAGAAGUAGAGGGAGGUGCCUCCCAGCCACCUGAUGCUGCCAUGCUUCCCUCCCCACCACCCCCAAGUGCCUUCUUUAACCCCAGAGCCAAGGGGGGAGCAGGGAAAGCCCCCUCACCCUGAGCCAGCCACGGACACACGGUACAGACCAUGCUGCCUUCUCUGAAGCUGCUCUGCAGGCUUCAGACACUCUAGCACCAAAUCUAUGGCAGCACCUCCAUCCUCCCUGGCAGCUACAGGCAGAGACUGAGCAGGAGGCCUGGCCCGCGACACUGAACAUGGCUGGGCUCCUGCU